UCUCCUCACCUCUUAACACAAACACAUUCUCUUUUCUACCCAUUAUUUCUCUGUUCUUUUCACUCUCAAGUUGUAUUUUUCCUCUUCUAGAAACAUCCUUUUAUUGUAGUUUCAACUCUCUUUCAGCAUUUAUUUUUCAGCAACCUUCAUAUGGGUACUUUAAAGGCAAGCUUAAAAGAUGAGAUGACGCCGCCGGUAGUAGAGACAGCGCAUGCAGGAGCAGAGGCGAGCCGUUACACUCACAGAUCGAUUGAAACACUUGUGGUCGUGCUAGCAGUGAUUACCAUCAUAGGCGUUAUUGCAGGGAUCAUUGCUAGGCUUUGCGGUGGAAGACAUUUUGGUGGCAAUGGAGAGAAUGACAUUGAAGGUUGGGUUGAAAAAAAGUGCCGGAGUUGCAUUGACGGUGGAGUCCCAGCUGCAGCACCACCACCUCCACCUCCACCACCUGAGGAGUCCAAGCCAGCAGCAGAAGAAACAAAGAAGUGA